AGUGAAUUCAUCUAACUGAAGUUGGCUAUCCUACUUCAGGCGUAUAAACAGUAAAUAUAGUUCUUUUUUGAUCAGCAACCUUCAAAGAUGUCGCUGGUAAUACCAGAAAAAUUCCAACACAUUCUUCGUAUUUUGGGUACGAACAUUGAUGGAAAACGCAAGGUUCAAUUCGCUUUAACCGCUAUCAAAGGUGUUGGCAGAAGAUACGCGAACAUUGUGUUGAAAAAGGCUGAUGUUGAUUUAGAUAAACGUGCGGGAGAAUGUUCCGAAGAGGAAGUAGAAAAGAUUGUUACAAUUAUGUCGAAUCCAAGACAAUAUAAGAUUCCAGAUUGGUUUUUGAACAGACAAAAGGAUAUUAUUGAUGGCAAAUACAGUCAGCUUACAUCUUCAAAUUUAGAUUCAAAACUUCGUGAAGAUUUGGAACGUAUGAAGAAAAUUCGUGCCCACAGGGGUAUGCGUCAUUAUUGGGGUCUCCGUGUUCGUGGUCAACACACAAAGACAACUGGUAGACGUGGUCGCACUGUUGGUGUAUCCAAGAAGAAGUAAAUGAUUUGUAUUUAUGUUAUCUUAAAAAAAUAAAUCUAUCAAGAUUUUGAAAACGAA